AUGCAGGCACAUUACAAAAGUUAUACUUGUACUCAAUGUAAUCAAGAUAUUCAUAACAGCGAAAAUCUCCGUUCACACAUGUAUCGGUGUCAUCAAAUACAUAGAAUGUUUAUGUGUAGGUGUUGUAAUUGGGCAUUUCCUGAUAAGACUAGUCUUCACAUUCAUAUGCAAAGUAUGCAAAAAAGUGGAAAGCCAGGUGAUGUUUCUGUACUUGCGAGAAGUUCGCUAGAUCCUGAUGUUAAAUUGGCCUUUCCAGACAGUGAUGGUUCCACAACAAAUUCUUGUCCGGAAGAUGACCAUCAAAUUUUUCCUGAAGAGACGGGAGAAAUAAGUGAAUUAGAAGAACAACAACACCUUCAAAAAUUAGAAGAAACCAACAAUAAUUUAAGGGAGCAAACACAACGAACAUCUCAACAUCACAUAAUUAAUAAUAAUUUCGGUUUUGAUGAAAAUAAAAAAGAUUUUUUAUUGCCUUCUCCACAACCACAACAAAAUACAAAUCUUCAUUCAAAUAUUCAAACAACAACAGGAAUUUUCCCUCCUCCCCAAAAUCAACAACAACAACGACAAAACAAUUUUGGACCCCCUAAUUUUAGUGCUGCAGAAAUGCUUCUGUCAAAACUUGGAGGAUUUAUUAAUAAUGAAGAGAAACAAUUGCAGCAACACAAUUUGCUUCAGAAUAAUACACCGCCUACUGCUGCACAAACAUUGCUAGCUACAUUUGCGGUGAAUCAGAAUUAUAAUAAAAUCAGAAUUUUAACUAAAACCGGAAUUUCUAUUUAA